UGGGUUACUGGAAGUAGAGAGAUCUGGAGAAAAGGCAGCCCUACAGCUAUAACAGAGGGCAGAGGUUAAAUAUUUUGACAUAUUUGCCAUAAGAAUGGUCACUCCACACCCUCUCCCUGAAGGCUUCACUGAAAUAGAGGUGUUUGCCCUGGGCACUGCCCUGCUGGUAGAAGCCCUGCUUGGUUUCUGUCUGAAUGGCUUGACAAUUCUCUCCUUCCGAAAAAUCAAAGAACUCCGAACACCCAGCAACCUGCUGGUUGUCAGCGUUGCGCUGGCUGACUGUGGGAUCUGCAUCAAUGCAUUCAUCGCUGCCUUCUCCAGCUUCCUAAGAUACUGGCCCUAUGGCUCUCAGGGCUGUCAAAUUCAUGGAUUCUGUGGCUUCCUGACAGCACUAGCCAGCAUUAACUGCAGCGCUGCAGUCGCCUGGGACCGAUACCAUCACUACUGUACAAGGAGCAGGUUGCAGUGGAGCACGGUCAUCUCCAUGAUAGUGUUUGCAUGGCUGUUUGCUGCCUUUUGGGCCGUGAUGCCCUUACUGGGGUGGGGGGAAUAUGACUACGAACCCCUCCGAACCUGCUGCACCCUGGACUACAGCAAAGGGGACAGAAACUAUGCCACAUACCUUUUUUCUAUGGCUACUUUCAAUUUCCUGGUCCCGGGCUUCAUCAUGCUGACGGCCUAUCAGUCCAUACACCAAAAGUUCAGGAAAAGUGGGAACUAUAAGUUUAAUACUGGUUUACCAUUGAAGACACUGUUCAUUUGCUGGGGUCCCUAUUGCCUUUUAUGCUCCUACGCAGCAGUGGAAGACGUGAUGUUCAUUCCAGCGAAAUACCGCAUGAUUCCUGCCCUUGUUGCCAAGGCUGCGCCAACGGUGGAUGCCUUUGUAUAUGCCCUGGGAAAUGAGAACUACAGAGGAGGAAUAUGGCAGUUCCUCACAGGACAGAAGAUUGAGAAACCAGAGGUUGAUAACAAAACUAAAUAACCCAUUAUGGCAUUAAGCAAAAUUAUUGCAGGUACAUCAGUGAAAGCAAAAUGCUAGAGAAAACUGUGUGCAUUCUCUGAUAUGUAUGUGCAAAGGUGGUUCCACAUUGGAAAGGCUGUGUAUUGGCUACAAACAAUGAAGCACAAAAAGAAAGCCCUCCAGAUAACUGUCCAAACCAUCAGGAGCUGCUUGUCAAACAA